AUUCAAAUAUCGUAAUCCGCCACGUCAUCGAGAUAAUCCUAUAUGAUAGCAGCAUCAGAUUUCAUUUCCCUCCUCCAACCAAUCAGAGACAUCCUACGUGGCAAGUCCACAUCCACGAGAAGUUCCAUUUAGCAAGGACCUCUCCCUUGUCAUCAAUUCUCAUCGCAGACAAACAAAAACAGCUAAAGGUUUAAUUUCCGGCAAGAAUGGCUUCUAUGGCAGCAGCGUCCUCCCUGGGUGUGUCGGAAAUUCUUGGAAACCAGCUCAAGUUUUCCGGUACAUCCAAGACGGCUCCUUCGGCUUCUAGUCCUGCAGCCAGCUUUAAGACCGUCGCCCUUUUCCAAAAGAAGAAACCUGCACCCAAGGCUAAGCCCGCCCCCGUCACCCCGGCUUCCGACGAGCUUGCCAAGUGGUACGGUCCUGAGAGAAGAAUAUUCUUGCCCGAAGGUCUUUUGGACCGGUCGGAAAUCCCAGAGUACCUCAAUGGGGAAGUCGCCGGAGAUUAUGGUUAUGAUCCUUUUGGACUUGGCAAGAAACCAGAAGACUUUGCCAAAUACCAAGCGUUCGAGCUUAUUCAUGCACGAUGGGCUAUGCUGGGUGCCGCGGGUUGCAUCAUUCCCGAGGCCUUCAACAAGUAUGGUGCCAACUGUGGCCCUGAAGCUGUCUGGUUCAAGACGGGUGCUCUACUACUUGAUGGGAACACAUUGAAUUACUUUGGGAAGAACAUCCCCAUUAACCUCGUCCUGGCUGUCGUUGCAGAGGUUGUUCUUGUUGGUGGUGCUGAAUACUACAGAAUCACCAACGGCUUGGAUUUUGAGGACAAGCUACACCCUGGUGGCCCAUUUGACCCAUUGGGAUUGGCUAAUGAUCCAGACCAGUUUGCAUUGUUGAAGGUGAAAGAGAUCAAGAAUGGUAGACUAGCAAUGUUCUCCAUGUUUGCGUUCUUCAUCCAAGCGUAUGUGACUGGACAGGGCCCUGUUGAAAACCUAGCUUCUCACUUGAGCGAUCCCUUUGGAAACAACAUUCUAACUGUUAUUUCUGGAAACAUUGAACGAACCCCAACCCUGUAAACCCCAAAUUUCAGCUCUUCAUCAUCACAAUCAAAUGCCACUCAUGUAAUCUAUACUUUUUGAUUUUAUGACAAGGUGUUUGAUCAUAUGUUAUGUUGGGUUAACAUAUUUUCAUUCGUUUACAUUUAUUAUUUCCUAUUACAACAUUUGAAACAUUCACCCAAUUACAGCAAUGUCAUUCAAUUAUGACAAUUUUCAUUGCUAAAAUUGAUGGAUGUUUCUUAGCAUGUCAAAAAAAAAAUGAAAAAGUACAAUUUUCAAAAUUGAUUGAUUUUUCAAAGUGCAAUGCCUUAGUAAACAAAAAGAAAUGUAGAAACACACAGUGCAACUUGUUUUGUCAUAUGCCUCGAGUAAGCAAACAAACAAGCAACUGAAGUAUUUUUCCAUGUAUUAAGGUGUUAUGUGCGUACUUUUCUAACAAAGCCAGAGCCAACACAAGUUGCAUACACUUUCCUGUUAAUAUAACCACUUAUCCUAGGUGUUAAUAAAGUCUUGGGAUAAAAGCCAACAAAUAGCAAAAAACUCUAGGGUAGUAAGUAAGCUGAAAAAGUAAUAUACAUUACAUAUAUACACAGGUCCUAAGUUAAAGAGUACAGUGGUCUUUAAGCAGCUGUCUGGCAAGAUCCAUGGCCCCACUAUUUUUAUAAAUGAGGUGCAAAUUAUAAGCUGCUUCUCUUUUAAGGUCACAGUAUCCGGGUUUUAAGUCAUGUGUGGGUUGUAGACCAUCAUUGGGGAGCUUUGGAAUUGGGUGAUCUUUUUUGAUGAAUUGUAAGCACCUUCUCAUAGCAUGUAGCCGCAAGUGAAAUAAGACCAACAUGGUGAUAGGCUCGUGCUAGGUUGUAUAAAGCUUCCUGUAAUACAAAAAAACAUUUCCAAAAGCCACUUCAGUUAUGGUUUUAGAUGCAAGAAAUAACAACCUACUUCCAUUGAUUUGUUUACUCUUAUUUCUUCCUAUUAAGGCAUUGCACUUUGAAAAAGCAACCCAAUUAUACAAAGUAUAAUGUCAUAAUAUGAAGAAUUAUGAAAGUACGAUGCUUUGAUUGGGUACAUUUUUCAAAAUAAACUGUAAGUACAAUGCCAUAAUAGAAAGAAAUGGCUGUAAGGUGUAAUAAUAUACAAAUGAUUGCUAUUCCUUGCAUUUAACUCUAAAUUCAGUUAUAUGGUCAUUGCAUCUCAUUUCUCACUCAUCUUAUGCCACUAGUUUACUUUACAACCAAAAAUCUACUGUUUAGGAUAAACUGUCCUUGAUGAGCAAUUAUAUAAUAAAUGUGGUAUCUGAUUCUUUUUAUAAGAGAAAAUCUUGUUUUCCUGGCUUUCCCUAUUAAGACAUUCAUUCCACAAUAAGUCAGUGAGAAGCAUCCC